CAGUCGAGUCACACAUUCUCACAUAUCUACUGCCUUCGUUUUCACAGAGUCUGAGGGAAAAGAACAAAAAAAGAAUAAAAAGAAAAAAAGAAAAAGGCAAAUCAUCUGUCUCUCGUUCUCUGAUUCCGUCUGUCGUGGCCACUCUCUAUAGUCAGCGUCGGUCCUCCAAUCGUCCACCCUUCCCAAUUUACAAAGUAUCGCGUGAUUUAGGGGAGUUGCUAGAGACUUGACAAAAGGGAUUGUGCCAUGAUGGGGAAGGGCUCUAAGACUAACUGCAAGUCAGCUUCUCACAAGCUUUUCAAGGACAAAGCUAAAAACCGAGUUGAUGAUCUGCAAGGCAUGUUCAUGGAUCUGCAAUAUGCGAGGAAAGAGAGCCGCAAUAUUGAUGUGGCUGUGCUUGAAGAACAAGUCCACCAGAUGCUUCGUGAAUGGAAAGCUGAGCUUAAUGAGCCCUCACCUGCAUCUUCUUUGCAACAAGAUGGUACUCUUGGGUCAUUUUCUUCUGACAUUCAUCGGCUGUUGCAACUAUGUGAGGAAGAAGAUGAUGCCACUAGCGCAUUAACUGCUCCAAAGCCAGAGCCCAAUGAUCAACUCUUGCAGGUUGGAGAUGGUGCAGUCUUCCAUGAGGGAUAUGGUGUGAAUCAUGGGCAACAGCAGCAUCAUUUUUCAUUAGUUGAUCAAUGCAAAAACUCCCCAUCAGGAGUUAAUUGCAUGGGAAUCAGCAACUUGGAAGGGGCUACACAGUUGGACUAUCAUCAUUUUGAUUUGCAUCAAGACUUGGAACAAAACUUUUAUACUGGUUUUAAUGGUGCAAAUUUCUGUGGGGAGGAUGCCAUGCAUCAGAUUUCUGCGUAUAUGCCAAGUAUAUGUCCUCCACCUUCUGCUUUCUUGGGCCCAAAAUGCGCACUUUGGGAUUGUCCAAGGCCUGCUCAGGGUGUAGACUGGUGUCAGGGUGUAGACUGCUGUCAGGAUUAUUGCAGCAGUUUUCAUGCUGAUUUAGCAUUGAGUGAAGGCCCACCUGGGAUGGGCCCAGUUCUACGACCUGGUGGCAUUGGACUGAAAGAUGGACUGCUUUUUUCUGCACUUAGUGCCAAGGCACAGGGGAAAGACGUUGGUAUCCCAGAAUGUGAAGGAGCUGCAACUUCAAAAUCUCCAUGGAAUGCUCCUGAGCUUUUUGAUCUUUCGGUUCUUGAUGGUGAAACAAUUAGGGAGUGGCUCUUUUUUGAUAAGCCUCGAAGAGCAUUUGAGAGUGGAAACAGAAAGCAGAGAUCAUUGCCAGAUUACAGUGGACGUGGUUGGCAUGAGUCAAGAAAGCAAGUGAUGAAUGAAUUUGGAGGCUUGAAGAGAUCCUACUACAUGGAUCCACAACCACUGAACCAUUUUGAGUGGCACCUUUAUGAGUAUGAGAUCAAUAAAUAUGAUGCCUGUGCCUUGUAUAGAUUGGAAUUGAAGCUUGUUGAUGGAAAGAAGAAUUCUAAAGGCAAAAUAUCAAAUGAUUCUGUCGCUGAUCUGCAGAAGCAGAUGGGAAGGCUCACUGCUGAGUUUCCUACAGAUGUCAAGCGCUUAGUUAAAGGGCGGGCCAAAGUUAAUGCAAAGGUUGGUGUUGGUGGAAAUGUUUAUCCUGCUCCAAAUGUUACCCCUCCAUCCAAUGAAAAGCUGGAUUAUGGAGUGAAUGGACAGUAUGAUUAUUUUGUUGAUAAUAUGAACGAAUAUUACCCCAGGUAAUUGAGUAAUCUUCGGUGGAGAAUGGGGGGAAGAUGCAAGGAUCUUAUUAGUCUAGUUACAUCAGCUGUAGCAUAUCAUCUGUGGGUCAAGUACUUUUUGAUUCUGCAGGUUUUGGGUCAUGAAUAACAUAAGGUCAAGCUCUCUUUUUGGCUGAAUGGAGUUGUCUAUAGUUUAUUAUUGCAUGAAAGUGCUGCAUUAGACUGUCCUGAAUGCUGGAGAAUACAUUCUAACUGAUGGUUUACAGGCAAGGCAAGAAAAAUGGCUGUUUUUUGUCACUCCAUUUUUAUAACUAAUCAAGAAAAAUGGUGAACACUUGAAAACAAAUCAGAGUCACCGUGAUAGGAUCGGGUGAAUGCACACUGUUUGCUAUAAUAUUUUACUGACAGUUUUAUAGGUUGUAAUAGUUUAUGCUAAUUCUAUCAGCAGCAGUAUUCUGCUUCUGCUCAUGGAAAAUACUUUGAGAUCUAUUGCAUCAGAAAAUUUGUAAAUAA